UCACGAAAUGUAAUGCAUAUUAUAAAUUUGAUGCAUAGUAUGAAAAGAAACCAGACAGAGACUUGGAAGCAGACUACUUGAAACACGACCUCGACCGACCAGGGAUCGAGUUUGGAGGUCAAGAUUGGGAAACGGUAUUCACACUCCCAGAAAUACAGACCGAUAUGUCAUACAUAUACCGCACCAUGCACCGCUAACACUGCGCUCUGUGAACUGCAUGCAUGCAGCAAAACAUACGGAAACCAUUAUCCUCAAUAUGAAUCGCGUCUCAUCUCAUCGAUGGAGUAAUACUUUUCGUAAGUAACGUGGUGAAUCGCAUCAGUCUCAGACCAGUAGCCUAACUAUACCCUGAUGAAUGGACAUGUAGUGAUCCAAACGACAUGUCGUCCCGACUAUACUUCUUUGCCGUCUGCUUCGGUUGUCUCAUUCUAGCGGCUAUCAUCAGCUUCACGAGAAUUUACGCCGUCAUCUGCAACAAAAGUGAAUCCAUACUCAACUACCGAGGAAAGUCGCUUGCCUUGAAGACGCCACAAAGGCACUACUCUCAAGAAGGCGGGUCUUUGCACGGAGGCAAAUGUCAUACGAUCUCUUCAGAUUGGGUUCAGCAUCUGAAAUCCAGCAAGGAAUUAGAUUCACUUGGAUGCAAGCAGAAAUUACCGAAGGUCCUCAUCAUCGGCGCGAGGACGUCAGGUACGCGGACUCUCAAUAGGAUCCUAGGGUUCCAUCCGCAGCUGGCGACAGCAGCAUACGAAGUAAAAUUCUUCGAUAAGAACUACCAUCGUGGAUCGGAAUGGUACAGAAGUCAAAUGCCUUUCAGCACACCCGACCAGAUCACGUUAGAGUCGACAGAAGGUUACAUGUAUCAUCGAAAUGCUUCUUUGAGGGUUUCAAAGACACUUGGAGAUGACAUCAAAGUCAUCAUCAUGUUGCGUGAUCCUGUAGCGAGGUCCAUCUCUGACUAUCUCCUGACCCGGCACAGGAUUUACGACUCCAAAAUGACUUCCGCGCACUACAAGCGAGUCUUCAAGGAAUCGCGAUCGCUAGACCGUCUGCUCGUCAGCGGUAAAGGUAAGCACGGUAGACGAGGUUCAACCAAGAUGUCUUACACCAUAGAAGAUACCUUCGAGAAAACAGUCCUGAAAAACCCUGAUCUUGUAUCUCAUAAAAACAUAUUCAUUGCUGACAGUCUUUACGUGUACUACUUGCGGAGUUGGGUCAAGAAGUUUACGCCUAACCACAUCCUGGAAGUCAACGCCGAAAAAUUUGCGAGAAAGCCAGGUGAAACCCUGGCUAAAGUCGAGGAAUUUCUCGGUGUGAGACCAUUCUUCCGACCGGAUUACUUCAAGUUUAAUAUGAACACCAGUACAUUCUGUCUUCAAAAACCACAAUCAAUUUGCAUGCCUCGACUGCCUGUGGAAUACCCAGUGAUAAGCGAGGAUGCCAUAUCAAAACUUCGAGGACAUUUUGAAAAUAGCUGCCGCUAUCUAUUCUUACUUCUUAAACAUUACUCAGAACUGAUUGGAGAUAUUCCCCUCAACUACCAUCCAAUUGAAUGACCGGGUAUAAACAAACAAUAGAUGGGACGAUAUGGCUAGAACAUGAAAUGUGUAUAUUUGGCUGUAAAUAAUCUUCUAAACAUAUUUAUUCUACCCGUGAUGUAUAACGUCUACUGUCUACAUGCCUAUACAUUGCCAGUUUUCUUUUGCAUCGUGAUAAGUUGCAAGAAAUAUCGAUAGUCAUCUUGAUAAUAUUUUCACAUGCAUUGGGAUUUUAUGUUUCCCUAAUCGUACAACAAUUUUGAUAAGAAGAAAAUGUACCUGGUUGGGUACGGGUGGGGUAAUCCCUUUGACAGCUCACUCAGUAUACUGGGAUUGGUACUUAAACGGAACUCGUAUGUCGAUAUAUUUUCACUCUUAUUUAUUUUUUGAAAUGCACACAUGUAUUCACAAUCCUUUUACUCAGCGAAUUCACCAAUUCAUGUCAAGUAUCUAAGCGCAUUUUCCUUCAGGCAAAACUAACGGUGCUACAAAUAAAAUUUCGGCGGUAAAUAGAUGUAACUUGUUAUUCAAUGCAAAAGGAAUAACAUACCCUUGUGAAUAAGAAGAGUAGAUAUUGCAAAAUAAAAUUAACGGGUUCACUUUAGCGAGGUGACCAAGAGUUUCUCCUACAGGGUGCUACAAAGUAAUACAAUAUUAUUUUGUUAUUACUUGUACUCAGAUGCAAAGCGAUUAUUAAAUGAAUAGACGAUUACAAAAUGUAAACCUCGCACGGACGUUGCGAAAUGUAUAUUGCUGGUUCUUUCGCGUGGAAACCAAUUUCCUUAUGGAUUAGUUUACUUCCGUUUAUAGCGAUGUUAUAAAUCAUGUUAUGUUAUAAAUGAUUUUUGGUUGCACCGAAACCGUUCUGUGAUUCUCGUCUUCUUGACAACAAUAAUUUAUGGGAGUCUGAACUUAUGAAGUCUUAUUGAUCACACUUUUGUUUCCAUGACAUCCUCAAAAGCCACCAUUGUUAACUAUAAUUGUUUUUUUUAUUUAUUAUAGUGCUAUUUUGACUUAUGUGGAAGUGUUUGAAAUGAGGGGUGUCGAACACAUACGGGUGACGAACAUAGGCUGACGGGACUACAAAGGGAUGUCGGGACAUUGAGGCGAAUUGUAGCCUGUGAUCGCAUUUUGCUGUACCUGCAUCGAACGAAUGGAACAAUAUCCCCGCAAUGCUUCCCCAGACCAAUUUAAGAAAUUAUCGACAAAAUUGUCACACCAAUUGUUAAGACAUUCCUAUUAAUUUGUACUUAUUUUAAGUGUAUUGUAUGUAUUGUCUAUUUUGUUAACGCUGUGAUAUAGCUGUACUAUGUAGAUCGUACUAAGUGCUAGUUAUUAUUAUUAUUAUUGUUACUAUUAUUAUUAUUAUUAUUAUUAUUAUUAUUAUUAUUAUUAUUAUUAUCAUUAUAAUUACUUUCGUUAUACACAUGAUUUAUUAUUGGGACACAAGCGUUUAGGAACGUAGGUGUGUCUGAAAAUUAUUCGGAAUGUCGGAUCUGACGGAUCAUAGAGCUAGAGGUGUUGAAACAUGGGCGUUACGCGGUAAAGGGGCGUUUUAACCCAGAUGCGUUAAAAUUUGUAGUAUUGAAACAUGUAGAGAUGGGAAAAGGGGGUAUCAAUUCAUACUAGGAAUGGCACGGAACAUAAAAGAUGUAGAAAUAUAAGGUGUCUGUACAUAAGGUGUUGGAACGUCAUUAUAAAGUGUAUGAACAUAAGGGUAUUUGGAAAAAGGGUAUAUCGGAACAAAAUGAUGCUGUGAGAUAUAUAUAUAUGAGACAUAUAUAUACAUAUAUAUAUAUAUAUAUAGGUGUUGCCAUUGGUGGUGGUCAAUAUUUGAUAAAUUCUAUGUUACUGAUUCAUUCGCGAUAGUUUAGGUACAUCAAUUAUGGAGAUGAAGUGUUGAUUACUUGGCUAUCUUAUACCCUUCAAAAAUAUUUGGGUCAAGUUUUAAUCCAUUCGAUUAUUGCUUCACACGCCCGGAUUUGAAGACCGAGGUGGAGCCAACAAUGUAUUGUAUACCCCUUAGUUAGUGAGACAUUUACAUGGUUCAAACUUUGAACUUAAUUUUGCUCAGUUCGGACUACAAGCAAUGAUACUUUACAGAGGACAAACGUUAUCUGAAAUGUAUUUAUCAUUCUAAUAUCUUCGUAAAAUAAGAUGUGUCAAAGUGUCAUGUUUUGAGGGGGGCGUGAGCACAAAUUUUCGGUCAAAAUUUCUAAACUUUAUAGUUUUGAUUGCUAAACUUCACAACUAGGAUGAUGUAGACCUGAAAUGGAAUGCGUAUAGUAAGUAUGUUGUAGUAAAGGAAUGAUUCAAAUGCGUUUCUUUCUAAUGUGUGUUUGAUAUGAUUUGUUUUGUUUUUGUUUUUGAUAUACAUCCGUUGUUCCGGCAUUGUUCGUGCCCUUCUGAUGGGCACAUGACGCAAUAUUCUUCCUUCAAUCUCAUGAAAUUUGUGCAUUUGAAAUAUGUUCAUUUUCUUUUGUUUCAUUAAAGUGAAAUCAAUUUCGUGCCAUGUUCACUUGUA